AUGGCAAACAAUCGGUACAUUAAGUUAUCGAUAAACACAUUAAAGCCAAAAGUGGACGACUUCUGGUUUAAGAUGUCUUCGAGGGUUAAGACAAUAAAAGAUCUAAAACCAGAAAUCAGCGCUCAUUUGUCUAAACAUUAUAAAAUUAUUAUCGAUAGCAACCAAUUGGAUCUCUUCACAAAAGGUGGUAAAAUCAAUGAUUAUAUUUUGUCCGACAUCUUCACAACUCAUGAUGACAUUGAAAUCAGACGUAAACUAAGCGAUGAGCUAACAAAGACUGAAGAAAUUGAAAUAAUACAAUUGGACGACGAAGUGGACACUAAUCCAAGUCAUCAACUGGUCGUUAAACAAGAAGUGUUUACUAACAACACUGCGAUCACAACUGAUAAUUAUAAUCAGUUAUUAACCACAAGUAUAGUAGAAAUUGUUGAUUCAGACAAUGAAUCAGAAGUUAGUCAACAAAACAAUUGUGAAGUUAAUGUUGAUUAUAAAGUUUUGGAUAACAAUGAAAACCAACAACUGAUGUCUAGUUAUCUGAAGAGAUCACAUGAAUUAGAAAACUAUAAUUUGAAUGAUAAUCGGGUUUUGAUGGAAAAUGUCGACAACUUUAUGGUCAAUGACGACGACUCAGUUUACCACAAAAAUAAUGGCCAAACAAUCCGUUUGGAGGAACAGACAAACCAUUCAGACAAUUGUUUGAUAAGUUGUAAUAACAAAGUCUUUAUAAAUCUCAACAACUGUUCUGAAGAUAGCGAUAAUCAAAGUAGUGGCCAAUCAUCUGAUAGCUAUAAAGAAGUGGAUGACUCUAAUGAUAAUGAAAUCAUUGAUGACUUUCAACAAACAAAUAAUACAAACGUAUUAAUAAAUGAUAAAACAUCGUAUAAAUGUCAAGAAUGUGACCAAACAUUUGGUCGCAAUUGUCAAUUGAAAAGACAUUUGAAAUUGAAUUUUCACAAACAAUUUCAAUGUCCGUAUUAUGGAUGUGAUGCCAUAUUCAGGUCAAGAUAUUGGUUAAUAAGACAUCAACAAUCACAUCAUAAAAACAAUAUAAAAGCAAAUAAAAAGACGUAA